CUGUUUAGUGCGGCGGGAGCAGGCGACGACAGAACCAAACCCAAAAGUCUUUUAACGCAGGGCCAGUCAUCAUGGAAGGCCAGACGUCCAGAAAACGUUUUCCUCUGAAGUACGGUUGGAUCUUCCUGUUCUUGGCCUGCAUUGCUUUAUGGGUCAUGUUUUACAGUGAACACAUCACUGAUCACAUAACCUGCAGGUUAUCAGAGCUAAAGAUGAGCAUCCCCACCACUAAGGCUCCAACACCCAACACCUCAACGUCAAAACGUCCCACUGAGCCUCCAGAGCCGGCCAACAUCUGCUCCUUCCACUCUGUGUUACCAGAGGACAUUCUGGAGGCAGAACUGUUGAAGGAGUCCAUCGCCUGGCCUGAAACUCCUUCUCUCCCGUCUAACUUCUCUCUGAAUGACACCAGUGGUUCAGCUCACAGCACCUUCACCGUUCUGCCAAGAAACGGCGGAGGAAGUUGGCGAGUUGGGGAUCAGCUGGAGGUCCUGAUACAAAUCGCUGACUUCCACGGCCGCCGCAAGUCGUCAGGAGGAGAUGUUCUGCUCGCUCGGCUGCACAACCCGACUCUUUUUGCAGGCGUUGCAGGGCGAGUGUUGGAUCAUCGCAAUGGCUCUUACACUGCUGCGUUCUCUUUACUCUGGGAAGGAAGCGCACAGGUUGAGGUGACCCUGGUCCAUCCCAGCGAGGCGGUCACUGUGCUGGAAAGAAUCACCCAGCAGAACCCUGGCAGAAUUUAUUUAAAAGGCAACUUCCGCGCUGGCUCAGUCACCGAAGCUACUGCUUGCAACGUGUGCCUCAAGGAGCCACCAGAAAAACUGUGCAACUUCACCGACAUCCGCACCGGUGAGCCCUGGUUCUGCUACAAGCCAAAGAAACUCAAAUGUGAACACUGGCUCAUUCACUCAUUUGGAGGAUUCGGUCUGAAACUAAAGCCAAUGGAGGAAAAGCUCUUUCAAAGGGGUGUCAACAUGAAAGUCUUCAUUCAAUCAUCAGGGCCUUCAAACAUCACUAUUUUACCCAAACUGAAAGUUCUGAAUGAAACAGUUUUAACAAACACAUCAGGACGAGGUGUGAUCACUCAACCUGCUGGUUAUUAUUACCAGGGUAUUUGGCGAGCCCUAGAUGGCUCCACAGUUCAACAGCUUACUAACAACUCAGCAAUUAGCCAGUGUUUGAGUGGCAAGGUGCUCCACCUGUAUGGAGACUCCACCAUCAGGCAGUGGUUUGAAUAUUUAAUCUCAGCAGCACCAGAUCUAAAGAAGUUUGAUCUGAAAAGUCUAACGCAGGCAGGACCUUUUAUGGCCGUGAAUUACGCAAAGAACACCUUAGUGACGUUCCGCUGCCACGCUCCUCCCAUCCGUUUCGGUCACUUGCCGAUCAGUCAGAUACGAUACAUUGCCAACGAACUGGAUGGUGUGGAUGGAGGUGAAAACACGGCUGUAGUUAUCGGCAUCUGGUCGCACUUCAGCACGUUCCCCGUUGAGGUCUACAUCCGGCGCCUGCUGACCAUACGGAGGGCAGUGGAGCGGCUGUUGACCAGAGCUCCAGGUACGCUGGUCAUCAUCAGGACCGCGAACCCCAAAGCGCUGUCCCUCUACGAGACUCUGACCAACAGUGACUGGUUUUCAAUUCAACGUGACAAAAUACUCAGGGCAAUAUUUAAAGGGGUGAAUGUCCGAUUUGUGGAUGCCUGGGAGAUGACCUUGGCCCACCACCUGCCACACAACCUCCACCCACAGCCUCCCAUAAUUAGCAACAUGCUAAAUGUUGUUUUAUCCCACAUAUGUUCUCCAGCAGGAAACGUUAAAAAAGCAACAAAGUUGUAGCAUAGGAUCUGUAAUUGGGUAACUUCUGGUGAUUGGUGACACUUCAUCUAUAUCACAUUAAAGGAAUAUCAACCAGUCGUUACAAAGAUGGAAUAAAAAUGAGCAACACAGAAGUAGGUGAAGGAAAUUUGGUGCUGGGAUGAAAUGGCCUCCAAGGUUUGAAGAAGUGCAGAUUUUCAAGAAGUCUGUCAUGAGUUGUAGGUGGUGAGGUAGACGCCUUGGAGCCAAAAAAAGGGUUUGUAGAAUGAAUUAUGAUUUGCACAUCAAGGCAAAAAUGUUCAAAUUAACAGAGACAACAUUCCAUCAAACUGAAUAAGUUUUACAUAAACCUUUUACGACAGUGUUCACCAUCGGUUGCUCAAAGUCCACAUGGCCCAAGUUAUAAAUAUGUUAUUGACUACCGUAAACUUAACAUGUUCUGAGUUCGGCUUCUGGGCUGAAGGCUCAACUCAAUCAGUCACGUGCCGCAGCUGUUUGCAGUGAGUUCACAUUGCUAAAGAAAGGCAAUACAAUGGGACACGAUUGCAGAGCAAAUUCCUCUUUUGUUCAGUAAACCAACAACGCUUUGGUCUGGUGAUCCUGUAAAGCGAGGCAGCAGGCGAUGACAUCGCUGAUAAACAUGUCCACAAAUGGUUUACUUUCACUUAUUUCUCUCUGAUUUUGUUAUUCUGCUUCAACUGCGAUAACAGGAUAUGAUUGUUUGAUUGUGUUGUACGACGUUAAUAAUAAUAAUAAGCCUGAUCUCUGCUCGAUCUGUUGAAUUAAAGCGCAUCUUUAAAACAGAACUGGCCUGACAACAAGAAGAAGGCUCGCGGAUUUUCAAAACAAAAAUCAAGGCAUCGGACCAAACUGUGGUAGUAACCUGAGUAAUUCUGAUUUGAUUUGAAUGGUUUGUGUCAAAACCGAUUUUAAAAAACAAGAAAACAAGCAAUGAGGACAAACAUGAUGCAUGUGUAACCAAGAACAAAAUCAUUUCCUUCCCACUACUUUUCUGUUUAUUUAAUCUCUCAGUUUAAUAAAGUAUAUCACUUACUGACUCAA